AUGCGGUCCAUUGCUCUCUUCUUUGCAUUGUUGGCGGCUCUUCUAGUCCAGUCCUCACAAGCCUCGGUCAACGUGGUACCAGCACUAGGGUUGAAUGCUCGCCCAUCUCCACGAACCUUUUGUCCGAUGCCUCUUUUGAGACUGGAGAACUGGGCGCCUGUACCCCUUGGUACGGCUCUGCACCAGGAGGAGUUCCUUCAUCCUAUAGUCGAAGGACAAAGUGUAGCUCGUGUCUACUGUCAGCCCGGUGACUGUUUGCCGAAUGGACCGAAACGCCCUGCAACCUGCCUCAUGUACCUGGAAUACGAUAACAACCGUGUCCUGUCGUCUGGAUCAUACAGCUACGUCCCUGGCGUCACCCCGGGAUGGACAAACAUCUCUGGAACCCUCACAGCCUCGGCCACCGAACACAGCUUCGUCAUGUGGGGGUACUGUGGCACUACCACCCUGCAUGGCCCCGUGCUGGAGUUCGACAAUUCCAGGUUCGAGCGCCCCUUGGUAGACGGGGAACCCAAGGAGAGCUGCUCGACACUGACCGACAGCUCGACCGUCACCUACACCCCUACCCCUACCCCCAGCCCUAACCCUACCCAUACUCCUACGCCGUCCCCUUUGGCUUCGACCAUUGUCCUCACGACAACGACGCCGUCUUCUGCUCCUCUGAUUAUCAGUCUAUCUUCUGCAACGACAAGCUCGUCAGCGACUCCCUCCCCUACACCAUCGAAAAGCCCUGUCACACGGUCCUCCUCUAUUCCUGUUAUGCCUCCUCAGUCCUCGAACCCGGCGAACACCUUCACUCAGAUCCCAGUUUCCGUCCUACUCCAGUCAGGGUACCGUCUCUGUCGCCAGUCAGGAGCCCUAGCUCGGUCCCUGCAGUGCCCGCUCAUCCUCGCGCCCUAUUCCGGCAGCGACCACCGUCAUUUCCACCUCGAUUGGUUCUACCUCCAGUUCAGUGCAGUUCAGUGGGUGGCUCGCUUUCUACUACAACAUCACUUCCCACUCUCAAUCCGCCUACUGAGGACGGAGCCUCGACGAUUGCAACUCUCCCCACGAUCACCGCUGGGCACGGAUCUUCUCCGACCCCUCGUCCUUCCCAUUCCUCACCACUUCCACGGUCUUCAGAGACUCCCUCAGCCCCUCCAUGAGCACAUCGACUGUUCUGACCACGCGUAUCGUCACAAUCACCGCUUGUCCGCAAACAGUGACAGACCGUCCCGCACGGAGCACCUUUGUCUCAACCGAGACACUCGUCGCGUCAACUACGGUGGUGACGGUGAUUCCCAAUGCUCCUGCAACUGCCACCGCGCUUCUGACAGGAAGUUACGGCUCUGUUCCGUACCCCGGCGGUUCCAACGCAGGGCCGAGUCAUCCGCAUCACCCGCUGGCGCCGAGUCUGCCCUCACCUCCAGCUCUGGGUUGGCCUCUGGCUUUGCGUCUAUCCCAGGUUCUCCCUCAGGAACUAAGCUUCUAACCGCACCUAAGCAGGACUCCGAAGUCGCAUCUGGCCCCGGCGCAAUUCGUCCAUCUCCUCCAGUUUCCGGCUCCGCAUACUACCCAACCCACUCAUUCAGCGUGUUCCCGUUCUCCUUCCCCUAA